AUGGCUGGCCUGUCGGACCUGGAGCUGCGGCGGGAGCUGCAGGCCUUGGGCUUCCAGCCAGGACCCAUCACCGACACCACCCGAGACGUAUACCGCAACAAGCUGCGCCGUCUGCGGGGCGAGGCCCGGCAGCGAAGCGAAGAGCGGCUGCGGGAGGAGGCCCGGCCACGGGGCGAGGAGCGGCUGCGGGAGGAGGCCUGGCUGCGCGAGGAGGCGCCGCUGCGCGCCCGGCCCGCUGCGUCCUCUCCACGGGUGGAGCCCUGGAUCUCCCAGCCGGCCUCGGGCUCAGUCUACGCCACCUCUGGGGCCUAUGGCGAUUUGGGGGCCUCCACGGCUUCCUCUUGGCCUGGGAGCCGCGGCCUUGCCUACUCCGCCCGCUCCGCGCAGCUCAGGCGCCGCACCUCGACCCGGGGCAGCUCCGAGGACGACGACGAUGCCCGGCUACCUAACAGGGCCGCUCCGGGUCCAGGCCUCGGGGUCCGUCGCUGGUGGUCCGCGUCCCCGACUCCCGCGAGGCCGUCCUCCUCCCUCUUCGGCCCCGACCCGCGCCCGGGCCUGCGGACGACGCGAGCGGUUCCUACGACGAAGUCCCGGCCCGAGGUGGGGCGACGGCUGGAGCGCUGCCUGUCUCGACUCCUGCUCUGGGCCAGCCUGGGGCUGCUGCUCGUUUUCCUGGGCAUCCUCUGGGUGAAGAUGGGCAAACCCUCGGCACCGCAGGAGGCGGAGGACAACAUGAAAUUGUUGCCAGUGGACUGUGAGACGAAAACAGAUAAGUUCUGUCAGGCCAAACAGAAGGCGGCCUUGCUGGAGCAGCUGCAUGAACUGUACAACUUCCUGGCCAUCCAAGCCGGUAAUUUUGAGUGUGGAAACCCAGAUAACCUAAAAAGCAAAUGUAUCCCAGUUGUGGAAGCUCAGGAAUACAUAGCAAAUGUGACCGGCAAUACUGCAGCCAAGUUUGAAGCUGCCCUGACCUGGAUCCUGAGCAGUAACAAGGACGUGGGCAUCUGGCUGAAAGGGGAGGACCCAACGGAAUUGGUAACGACCCUGGACAAGGUGGUGUGCCUGGAGUCUGCCCGCCCCCGAAUGGGUGUGGGCUGCCGCCUGAGCCGAGCCUUGCUCACUGCAGUCACCCACGUGCUCCUCUUCUUCUGGUGUUUGGCUUUCUUGUGGGCACUCCUCAUUCUCCUGAAGUAUCGGUGGCGGAAGUUGGAAGAGGAGGAGCAGGCCAUGUAUGAGAUGGUGAAGAAGAUUAUAGAUGUGGUCCAGGACCAUUACGUGGACUGGGAGCAGGACAUGGAGCGCUACCCAUACGUGGGCAUCCUGCACGUGCGGGACACCCUGAUCCCCCCGCAGAGUCGGCGGCGCAUGAAGCGGGUCUGGGACCGAGCUGUGGAGUUCCUGGCCUCCAAUGAGUCCCGGAUCCAGACAGAGUCCCACCGCGUGGCUGGAGAAGAUAUGCUGGUGUGGAGAUGGACUAAGCCCUCUUCCUUCUCUGACUCGGAGCGAUAA